CACAAUGGGAUUUUUGUUAAAAAAAAAAACAGGAGAGAAGCGGAGGAGCCAAGAGAACAAACAAAACCCAUUAGAUUAGAAUGGAAAAUUUGGGUUCUUUACAACAAUUCAAUCAAGAAACACGAACAGUGUGAUUUUUUGUUGUUGAAGGGUUCUUCUUCAUCACUUACGAAAGAAACCAUAAAAUGGAUCCUAUUAAUAAGGCUAGAGAUCACUGGGCAUUUCUGGAAGAAAUUGAAGCACCAAUUUGGGUGGAUUUUUUGGUAGAAGCAAAGUCUAACUACCAAGAUGUAGAUGAUGAGUGGUUUAGAACUAGCCAUCCGUUCCACCAAUGUUCUUCUGGCCAGUUAAAAGCUGCGUUUGCUUAUUCUGGUGAGAAGAGUACAUCUUCAGAUUUUGAGUGUAAGGGAUCAUUUUCCCCGAAUAUUCCAUCCUCUGUCUCAAGAUCAAGGGGCAAACAUUAUGCAAGCAAGAAAUGGGGAGGAGGUGGUCACGAUAUUUCAAUGAAUAAGCAGCAUCCAGUUAAGGUGUUAAGUAAGUCUUCGAGGGUGAAUUCAGAACCCAAUGACAAAAUAAAACCCAAACUAAGCUUAGUAAAUUCUAAAGGAACUUCUAGGUCAAAAGCAAGUGUGGUUUCUGGGAAGAGCUUCACUCGAAAUGCUAAGGAAACUGAUUUAGAAGCCAAAUCUGGUCAAGGUGGUACAGAAAGUAGUUUGAAUUCUCUGGUGGUUAAGGCAGCUGAAAGCAAUACAAGUACUGUUACAUCUGAGAGAGAUCAUCAAGCAAAGCAAAGGAACCUAGAAGUAUCAAGUCGAGGAUUUGAUCACGCAAGUGGGCUUUUGUCAGCUGUCAGGAAUGGUCUCAGGAAAAGCUUUGUUACAAGAAAAGCAUCAAGGGUGGAGAUUAAUGAUGAGAAUAAGCAAUUAAGAGAUCGCAAAUCUUCAUCCAGCAAAUCUAGUUGGGGAUCAUCGUCAAACCCUGGUUACGAUGCUAAGAGCUCAACACUUGCGUUCAAAGAACAAACUCCAGAUAGCAGAAAUGUGGCAAGGAUGACUGAAGCAGCGAGGAAGAAAACAAAAGAUUCUGACAUGUCCAGGGCUUCUGAUGUUCGAGUUAAGGAGAAGGUCUUUAAUUCUAGAAAGGGAGGUAUAAGUAAUGUUGCAAAGUCAGCUUCCCUAGAAGCUCUGAAAUCAAAGGUCCAGAACCAGACCCUUCGUGUAAAAGCGUUGGCAGACCAUAGAGGUAAUGAACUACACCCAUUACCUGGUACCGCAAAAGCUAAGGAGAAGGUGAGAGUCGGCGGGAUCAACAAAUUGGUUGGCCCUGGAAAAGAAAACGUGACAGGAAAAGCUUCCUUGAGCUUGAAUUGCAGCAGCAGAGGGACUAAACUGAAUGUGCCACAAAAGGGUGACAAAACAGUGUUGGUAGACCAUAGAGGUAAUGAACUGCACCCAUUACCUGGUACUGCAAAAGCUAAGGAGAAGGUGAGAGUCGGCGGGAUCAGCAAAUUGGUUGGCCCUGGAAAAGAAAACGUGACAGGAAAAGCUUCCUUGAGCUUGAAUUGCAGCAGCAGAGGGACUAAACUGGAUGUGCCACGAAAGGGUGACAAAACAGUGUUGGUUAGACAAAAGGGAAAAACCAGCAGUCCAACCGAGGGGAGGCAUUCAGCAAAUUUGACUCAGAGGAGACACCUCCGAUAAACAAAGCAUUGCUGGACAGUACAUAUACUGUAAACGUAAUUUCUCUAUCAGAGAAACGUGAAAUUUCAUCCCAAUUCUGUUGCUUCCAUGUCAAACUUACCAUAUUCAGGGGCCUUUUUUUUUUGGCUGGCCAUGCUUGGCUUUCUUUCGUACAGGUGCCAUGGUUUUUUUCACUCAGGCCUUGCUAUUUGAGCAUAUACGAAAUAGCUGACACUCUUCCCACGUCCACCAAGUUGACUUUUAUCAAAUGGAUUGUUUAGGGCCUUGUGCCCUUUUUAACCGGCUAAGCAGAUGAUAAAUAAGCUGUCAAGCCAUUCUGUUGGCGAGUCAUAUUUUAUAUGGCCACCGUCAGUUUUCAAGCAGCUUUCAUUUUUUUUUUAAUUCCAGCAGGCUGUCUUAACAGUAACCUUGCAAUUAACUCUUGUAUAUUUAUCUGGAUUGUAACUUACUUGCGUAAGAGGAACAAGACCCCACUUGAUUAUGUAAUGAAAAGAUCUCAAAGCUGCUUCACAUUA